UAAUUUAAAAUAUCAACGAGAAAAAAUAUCAAGAAGAAAGCAAUGUAAUAAUUGCAGCAAUAUUAUUUUAAAAAAAGUAACAUUUGUGUUGAUUAUUGGUUGGCACAACGAUUUGAUCAGAACAUUGUUAUUUGAUUGUGCACAUUGCAGAUUACGGUAUUAAAAUAGAUUUUUAACCAAGUACAAGAUAAAUACAUGAACUUAAAAGUAUUAUAAAAAGUGCAAUCAUGGAGAAUACUUGGCAAAAUUACAGUCUUGUAGCGAAUACAACAAUAAUACCCGAUAUGAUGAAAAUUGUAUCAAAGAGAUACGUAACUUUUGCUUCUCAGCUUGUACUAACUUUUCUUUAUAUAAUUGGUGUUAUUGGUAAUUUAUUGGCUUUGGUCAUUCUCUCACGAGAUAAUAAGGGAAGAAAUCGUAAACAUUUGCUAAUGCUGCGUUGUUUGGCGAUUAACGAUCUUGUAGCAUUAGCCGGUAUGUUGGUGCAGAUGUAUUUUACAAUUUACGUAGGCCGUGUAACAUCUACAAAACUAGUUUGUUCAUUGAGAAUUAUUUGGAGGUUUUUUGGACUCUUCAGCGGCUGCGUCGCUUUUAUCAUGGCGAUAGAACGCUGGUUAGCUUUGACCAGACCUUUUGUUUAUCAAAAGCAGGUGACGUAUCCAGUAAUUGUGCGUUGCAUAAUAGCACUUUGGAUAAUAUCGCUAGUAUUAGCUAGUCUUCCUUUAAUGGGUUUUGGAGUUUUUUAUAAAAGUGGACGAUGCGUUCGGUAUAGAGAAGCUACCGAUCCAAGCGAUAUUGCUUAUGCAUAUGUAUGGUUUACUUUUGGUACCGUUUUAUGUACAUCUAUUGUAUCGUGUAAUUUAACGGUCUCCAAGGCUUUGAAAAAAUUACAUCGCACAGGUGCUUUAAGAAGAAUAUCUAAAGCAUCAUCAAGAGCAAAACCCUUAUUAAAUGUAACUGGACCACCAAAUCAAUCAGAAGGUAUAAUAACUACACCUGAAGAAAAAGCAUUUUCAAAGCUUAUGAAAUUGUUAUCGAUAUCCUUUGUGGUUUGCUGGAUGCCGCAAAUGAUUUCUAUUCCACUAGCUCAAUAUGCGAUACAGUUACCUCAAACAGCCAUUAUUGCACGAAAAUGCAUCCGGAUUUUUCAUGUCGUAGCUGAUAUAGUUUUAUGUACUCAUUUCACUCUGGAUCCGUACAUUUAUGUAUUAUUGCGAAUGCCAUUGUCGAGAUUUCACUUGUUGAAUCUAUGUCAACUCUGCUCUAAUCGAAAAUGCUCCAAUUCAUUCUCAGAAAGAAAUCGUCAAUGUACUAAUGGUGAUCCACCUACGCCGAUUACUGAAGCACCAUCAGUACCUGUAAGUGAGGACCAUGAAUUACACAUAGUAACGUAUUUCUAAAAUUACGACAAAUAAUGAAUAAUAUUUGCACUGUAUCUUCUUAAAAAACAAUUACAAGAUUGUAAUACUGUAUAAUCUUUGUAAACUACUUAUAUAGAAACGAACAUUUUUAUUUAAUAUUUUGUAUAUAAUAAUAAAAACUUGUUGAGAAUAAGAGUAGGAUGUAAAACUUUAGUUUCUGAAAAGAGAAAAGUACAAGAAAGAAAAAUAUUUAAUUCGGGAAAUGUUCACUUUUUAAAAUCAAAAGAAAUAAGACUAUAUGAAAGAAAUGAUAAGGCUAAUAGGAUAUACAAGAUGCAAAUCAAACAAUCGAUAUAGAUUUAUAAUUAUAGGUGAACGCGCGCGCGUGCAAGAGAAAGAGAGAGAGAGAGAAAAAGCAUUUCUGAAAUGUU